UAACCAUCCUUAGACGGUCACUGAGCCCAUGAGCGUGGGGGCAGGUAUUUCAGUGAGGAGCCGGGGCGCCUUCUUAGGCUCCCCGUAAGGUGACUGCGAGCGGGGCUCCAGCAGCGCUCGGGGCUUUCCCAGGGUUCCAUCCAAGGCUACUGCUGAGCAGCAUGUGAACCCAGACAAGGCCAUGCAUUUUUUUGCUAGAGCCAUAUUCAUGUUAGAAGCCAGCAAAACAGCUGCCCACACUUCAGAAAUGCUGCUUUCUCCGUGAAGUAACAGCUCCCUUCCCUACGGAUUCCAGAUAUCUGUGGAACUUGGGUAAAUGUUCCAUUUUAAGGGUAUCCCGAAGGUGGGAAAGUCUUUCAAAAGGCUGUAACUUCAAGCUAUCGUGAAUAUAGUAUCUGCUGCAAGGAAAUAACACAGACGAGGGCUUUGAGACUACGACAACCUGUCCCUAGUGUAAUGUCAAUGUUGGCUAUCACUUUGGCAGAUCAGCCAGCUCAGUGAAGACUAAGAGAGUCCCUCCUUCUGUUUUUUCAUCUGCUGGUGGCAUUCAAAGCAACCUUGCCUUGUAAAUAUUGGUAGAAAGAUUACUCUGCUGAGAUGAGCUCUUAAUUAAUGCACAGAGAGCCUGAAAGUCCCACCUCUCAACAGUGAUGAUUGACAUUCAAGGAUACAUAAAUUACACUAACUGAGCUUUGCAUCAAUACAAUCUUUCCACACCCAAUUCAUCAGAGAAGAUUUCUGGAUUGUUUGUGUCCUGCUGGAGUAAAACCGUUGUAUUAAACUCAGAAAACAAAGAGCUCCCGAGUGAAGAAAGAAGAGAAGGUGGACAUAAAUUAAAUGUAGAGAAGAGUUUCAAGUAAGCUGGGCUGAUGUGCAUACAGAAGGAAUGAAGUAUGGAUGUGAAAGAACGUAGGCCUUAUUGCUCCCUGACAAAGAGCAGAAGAGACAAAGAACGACGUUACACAAAUUCUUCAGCAGAAAAUGAGGAGUGCAGAGUGCCUACACAGAAGUCAUACAGUUCAAGUGAAACCCUGAAAGCUUUUGAUCAUGAUUCCUCCAGGUUGUUGUAUGGAAACCGGGUGAAGGACUUAGUCCACAGGGAAGCAGAUGAGUAUACCAGGCAAGGACAGAAUUUUACCCUAAGGCAGUUAGGAGUUUGUGAACCAGCAACUCGUCGUGGACUGGCAUUUUGUACGGAAAUGGGGCUCCCCCACAGAGGUUACUCUAUCAGUGCAGGGUCAGAUGCUGAUACUGAAAAUGAAGGAGUGAUGUCUCCAGAGCAUGCCAUGAGACUUUGGGGCAGGGGGGUCAAAUCAGGGCGCAGUUCCUGUCUAUCAAGCCGUUCCAACUCAGCCCUCACUCUGACUGAUACUGAACACGAAAACAAGUCCGACAGUGAGAAUGAGCAACCGCCAAAUAACCAAGGCCAGUCGACCCUGCAACCUUUGCCACCUUCUCACAAGCAGCAUUCAGCACAGCAUCAUCCAUCUAUCACCUCCCUUAACAGAAACUCAUUGACCAAUAGGAGGAAUCAGAGUCCGGCCCCGCCGGCUGCUUUGCCCGCCGAGCUGCAAACCACACCCGAGUCAGUCCAGCUGCAGGACAGCUGGGUCCUUGGCAGUAAUGUGCCACUGGAAAGCAGAAAAUUAGGAAAUCAAGCAGUUCUUGCAAAUGGUCAUGACAGCCUUAUAGAGAUGGAUGUGUUUACUCCAACAUGCCACGAUAACAGUUAUGGGGAUGGGCAUUUUUUAUUCAAAACAGGAACAGGGACAACACCACUGUUCAGUACUGCAACACCAGGUUACACAAUGGCAUCUGGGUCAGUUUAUUCCCCCCCUACUCGGCCACUACCUAGAAAUACACUAUCAAGAAGUGCUUUUAAAUUCAAGAAGUCUUCAAAGUACUGUAGCUGGAAAUGUACUGCACUCUGUGCUGUAGGAGUCUCAGUGCUACUGGCCAUACUGCUAUCCUACUUCAUAGCAAUGCACCUCUUUGGCCUCAACUGGCAGUUACAACAGACUGAAGAUGACACAUUUGAGAAUGGAAAGGUGAAUUCUGAUACCAUGCCAACAAAUAUUGUAUCGUUACCUUCUGGCGAAAAUGUAAAAUUAGGGGGAUUUGCACAAGAAAACAACACUAUAGAUUCUGGAGAACUCGAUAUAGGCCGAAGAGCAAUACAAGAGGUUCCUCCAGGGAUCUUCUGGAGAUCACAGCUCUUCAUUGAUCAGCCACAGUUUCUAAAAUUCAAUAUCUCUCUUCAGAAAGAUGCAUUGAUUGGAGUAUAUGGCCGAAAAGGCUUACCCCCAUCACAUACCCAGUAUGACUUUGUGGAACUCCUCGAUGGUAGCAGGUUGAUCGCAAGAGAACAGCGCAACCUACUUGAGUCAGAGAGAGCAGGCCGACAGACAAGGUCUAUCAGUCUCCAUGAGGCUGGUUUUAUCCAGUAUUUGGAUUCUGGAAUCUGGCAUCUGGCUUUUUAUAAUGAUGGGAAAAAUGCAGAGCAGGUGUCUUUUAAUACCAUUGUUAUAGAGUCUGUAGUGGAAUGCCCCCGAAAUUGCCAUGGAAACGGAGAGUGUGUUUCUGGAUCAUGCCAUUGUUUUCCUGGAUUUCUGGGCCCUGAUUGUUCAAGAGCAGCCUGCCCAGUAUUGUGUAGUGGCAAUGGGCAGUAUUCCAAAGGGCGCUGUCUCUGUUUCAGCGGUUGGAAGGGUACAGAGUGUGAUGUGCCUACCACCCAGUGUAUUGAUCCUCAAUGUGGGGGCCGUGGGAUCUGUAUCAUGGGCUCUUGUGCAUGCAACUCUGGGUACAAAGGAGAAGACUGUGAAGAAGCUGAUUGCUUAGACCCAGCCUGUUCCAGUCAUGGUGUGUGUAUCCAUGGAGAGUGCCACUGUAAUCCAGGAUGGGGUGGUAGCAACUGUGAAAUACUGAAGACAAUGUGUCCAGACCAGUGCUCUGGUCAUGGGACGUACCUUCAAGAAAGUGGUACCUGCACUUGUGACCCUAAUUGGACAGGUGCAGAUUGCUCAAAUGAAAUUUGUUCUGUGGACUGUGGCUCUCAUGGUGUUUGCAUGGGUGGAACAUGUCGUUGCGAAGAAGGUUGGACCGGACCAGCCUGCAAUCAAAGAGCCUGCCACCCUCGCUGUGCUGAACAUGGAACCUGUAAAGAUGGGAAGUGUGAAUGUAGCCAGGGAUGGAAUGGAGAGCACUGUACUAUUGCUCACUAUUUGGAUAAGAUAGUUAAAGACAAGAUAGGAUAUAAAGAGGGCUGCCCUGGUCUGUGCAAUAGCAAUGGAAGAUGUACAUUGGACCAAAAUGGUUGGCAUUGUGUUUGCCAGCCAGGAUGGAGAGGAGCAGGAUGUGAUGUAGCCAUGGAAACUCUGUGCACUGAUAGCAAGGACAAUGAAGGAGAUGGAUUAAUUGACUGCAUGGAUCCCGACUGCUGCUUGCAGAGUUCGUGCCAAAAUCAGCCCUAUUGUCGUGGACUGCCUGAUCCCCAAGAUAUCAUUAGCCAAACCCAACAAUCACCAUCUCAGCAAGCUGCCAAAUCUUUUUAUGACCGGAUCAGUUUUCUUACAGGGCCAGACAGCACCCAUGUGAUACCUGGAGAAAGUCCUUUCAAUAAGAGCCUUGCAUCUGUCAUCAGGGGCCAAGUAUUAACUGCCGAUGGAACGCCACUCAUUGGAGUUAAUGUCUCUUUUUUACAUUAUCCAGAAUAUGGUUACACAAUCACUCGCCAAGAUGGAAUGUUUGAUUUGGUGGCAAAUGGUGGUGCAUCUCUAACUCUGGUGUUUGAACGAUCACCAUUCCUCACACAGUAUCACACAGUGUGGAUUCCAUGGAAUGUCUUUUAUGUCAUGGAUACCCUGGUCAUGAAGAAGGAAGAGAAUGACAUUCCCAGCUGUGAUCUGAGUGGAUUUGUGAGGCCAAACCCUGUCAUUGUGUCAUCACCUUUAUCCACCUUCUUUAGGAUUUCUCCUGAAGACAGUCCCAUUAUCCCUGAGACACAGGUACUUCAUGAAGAGACUACAAUCCCAGGAACUGAUUUGAAAUUAUCAUACUUAAGCUCCAGAGCUGCAGGAUAUAAAUCAGUUCUUAAGAUCACGAUGACCCAGUCUGUUAUACCAUUUAACUUAAUGAAGGUUCAUCUUAUGGUGGCAGUGGUGGGAAGACUCUUUCAGAAAUGGUUCCCUGCAUCCCCAAAUCUGGCUUACACUUUCAUAUGGGAUAAAACCGAUGCAUACAACCAGAAGGUCUAUGGCUUAUCUGAAGCUGUUGUGUCUGUAGGUUAUGAAUACGAGUCUUGUUUGGAUCUAACUCUCUGGGAAAAGCGGACUGCCAUUUUGCAGGGAUAUGAAUUGGAUGCCUCUAACAUGGGUGGUUGGACAUUGGAUAAACAUCAUGUGUUAGAUGUUCAGAAUGGUAUCCUCUACAAAGGAAAUGGUGAAAAUCAAUUUAUUUCUCAGCAACCUCCAGUUGUUAGUAGCAUCAUGGGCAAUGGACGAAGACGCAGCAUCUCAUGCCCAAGUUGCAACGGCCAAGCUGAUGGUAAUAAACUACUAGCUCCGGUAGCCUUAGCUUGUGGGAUAGAUGGCAGCCUGUACGUAGGGGAUUUCAACUAUGUUCGGCGGAUAUUCCCAUCUGGAAACGUCACUAGUGUUCUUGAACUAAGAAAUAAAGAUUUUAGACAUAGCAGCAACCCAGCUCACAGAUACUACCUUGCAACUGACCCAGUCACAGGAGAUUUGUAUGUUUCUGACACUAAUACACGCAGGAUCUAUCGUCCAAAGUCACUCACUGGUGCAAAAGACCUGACAAAAAAUGCUGAUGUAGUAGCAGGAACUGGAGAACAGUGCCUUCCAUUUGAUGAGGCAAGAUGCGGUGAUGGAGGCAAGGCUGUGGAAGCAACGCUCAUGAGUCCCAAAGGACUGGCAAUUGACAAGAAUGGAUUAAUCUACUUUGUUGAUGGGACCAUGAUUAGAAAAGUGGAUCAAAAUGGAAUAAUAUCAACUUUGCUUGGCUCUAAUGAUCUAACCUCAGCACGACCUCUAACAUGCGACACUAGCAUGCACAUCAGCCAGGUACGUCUGGAAUGGCCCACAGACUUGGCUAUCAAUCCAAUGGAUAACUCCAUUUAUGUUUUGGAUAACAAUGUCGUUUUGCAGAUCACUGAAAAUCGUCAGGUCCGUAUUGCUGCUGGGAGACCAAUGCACUGCCAAGUGCCUGGCGUGGAGUACUCUGUUGGAAAGCAUGCUGUACAGACUACUUUAGAAUCAGCAACAGCUAUUGCAGUGUCCUACAGUGGGGUACUUUACAUUACAGAAACUGAUGAAAAAAAGAUUAACAGAAUAAGGCAGGUUAUAACUGAUGGAGAGAUCUCAUUAGUUGCUGGAAUACCAUCAGAAUGUGAUUGCAAAAAUGAUGUUAACUGUGACUGUUACCAAAGCGGUGAUGGCUAUGCUAAAGAUGCCAAACUUAAUGCCCCUUCCUCCUUGGCUGUGUCUCCAGAUGGUACAUUGUACAUUGCUGAUCUUGGAAAUAUUCGGAUACGAGCUGUGUCAAAGAACAAGCCCUUGCUGAAUUCAGUGAACUUUUAUGAAGUUGCCUCUCCAACUGAUCAAGAGCUCUAUAUCUUUGAUGUUAAUGGUACUCACCAAUACACUAUGAGUCUAGUCACUGGAGACUAUCUGUACAAUUUUAGCUAUAGUAAUGAUAAUGAUAUCACAGCAGUAACGGAUAGCAAUGGAAAUACACUUCGUAUCAGACGGGAUCCCAAUCGGAUGCCAGUGAGAGUGGUGUCUCCUGAUAACCAAGUGAUUUGGUUGACUAUAGGCACCAAUGGAUGCCUGAAAAGCAUGACUGCCCAAGGUCAAGAGCUUGUUUUAUUUACUUAUCAUGGCAACAGUGGGCUUCUGGCAACUAAAAGUGAUGAGACUGGAUGGACUACAUUUUUUGACUAUGACAGUGAGGGUCGUCUCACAAAUGUUACGUUUCCAACUGGAGUGGUCACUAACCUUCAUGGGGAAAUGGAAAGGGCCAUUACAGUGGACAUUGAAUCAUCUAGCAGAGAGGAAGAUGUCAGCAUUACUUCAAACUUAUCAUCAAUUGAUUCUUUCUAUACCAUGGUUCAAGAUCAGUUAAGGAACAGCUACCAGAUUGGCUAUGAUGGCUCCCUCAGAAUUAUCUAUGCCAGUGGCAUGGAUUCACACUACCAAACAGAACCGCAUGUUUUAGCUGGCACAGCCAAUCCAACAGUAGCGAAAAGAAACAUGACUCUUCCAGGAGAGAAUGGACAGAACUUAGUAGAAUGGAGAUUCCGAAAAGAACAAGCCCAGGGAAAAGUCAAUGUGUUUGGCCGAAAGCUAAGGGUUAAUGGCAGAAACCUCCUUUCAGUCGACUUUGAUCGAACCACAAAGACAGAAAAGAUCUAUGAUGACCACCGUAAAUUUCUGCUGAGGAUUGCCUACGACACAUCAGGGCAUCCAACUCUCUGGCUGCCAAGCAGCAAGCUGAUGGCUGUCAAUGUUACCUAUUCAUCUACAGGUCAAAUUGGCAGUAUUCAGCGAGGAACCACUAGUGAAAAAGUAGACUAUGAUGGGCAGGGAAGGAUUGUAUCUAGAGUAUUUGCUGAUGGAAAAACUUGGAGUUACACCUAUCUGGAAAAGUCAAUGGUCCUCCUGCUUCAUAGCCAACGGCAGUACAUCUUUGAAUAUGAUCUAUUGGAUCGGCUUUCUGCCAUCACCAUGCCCAGCGUUGCUCGUCAUACCAUGCAAACCAUUCGUUCCAUUGGCUAUUACCGGAACAUAUACAACCCCCCUGAAAGCAACGCCUCCGUUAUCAUGGACUACAAUGAAGAGGGACAGCUCCUUCAAACAGCUUUCUUGGGUACAAGCCGAAGAGUCUUGUUCAAAUACAGAAGGCAGACGAAGCUCUCAGAAAUUUUGUAUGAUAGUACAAGAGUCAGUUUUACUUAUGAUGAGACAGCAGGUGUUCUGAAAACAGUAAACCUCCAGAGUGAUGGUUUUAUCUGCACCAUUAGAUACAGGCAAAUCGGCCCACUGAUUGACAGGCAGAUUUUCCGCUUUAGUGAAGACGGAAUGGUAAAUGCUCGAUUUGACUACAGCUAUGACAAUAGCUUCAGAGUGACUAGCAUGCAAGGUGUCAUCAAUGAAACCCCAUUGCCUAUUGAUCUCUACCAGUUUGACGAUAUCUCUGGUAAAGUUGAGCAGUUUGGAAAAUUUGGAGUUAUAUAUUAUGAUAUUAACCAGAUAAUUUCCACAGCUGUAAUGACUUAUACAAAACACUUUGAUGCUCAUGGCCGCAUCAAGGAAAUUCAGUAUGAAAUCUUUAGGUCACUAAUGUACUGGAUUACAAUUCAGUACGAUAACAUGGGGCGAGUGACUAAAAGAGAAAUUAAAAUUGGGCCAUUUGCCAAUACCACCAAAUAUGCUUAUGAAUAUGAUGUUGAUGGUCAGCUCCAGACAGUUUAUCUAAAUGAAAAAAUCAUGUGGCGAUACAACUAUGAUUUAAAUGGCAACCUCCAUUUGCUCAACCCUAGUAACAGUGCCCGUUUGACCCCACUUCGCUAUGACCUGAGAGACAGAAUCACUCGACUAGGCGAUGUUCAGUACCGAUUAGAUGAAGAUGGAUUCCUGCGUCAGAGGGGUACUGAGAUCUUUGAAUACAGCUCAAAGGGCCUUCUCACUAGAGUUUACAGCAAAGGCAGUGGAUGGACAGUGAUAUACCGUUACGAUGGGCUAGGACGACGGGUUUCCAGUAAAACUAGCCUCGGACAACACCUCCAGUUUUUUUAUGCAGACCUUACUUAUCCAACCAGGAUAACUCAUGUAUAUAACCAUUCAAGCUCUGAGAUCACUUCUCUUUACUAUGACCUGCAAGGGCAUCUUUUUGCCAUGGAGAUUAGUAGUGGGGAUGAGUUUUAUAUUGCCUCAGACAACACUGGGACACCACUGGCUGUUUUUAGUAGCAACGGUCUGAUGCUUAAACAAAUUCAGUACACUGCUUAUGGUGAGAUCUAUUUUGACUCCAACCUUGACUUUCAGUUGGUAAUAGGAUUCCACGGAGGCUUGUAUGACCCAUUGACUAAACUAGUCCAUUUUGGAGAAAGAGAUUAUGACAUAUUGGCAGGCCGCUGGACUACACCUGACAUUGAAAUCUGGAAAAGAAUUGGGAAGGAUCCAGCUCCUUUUAACCUCUACAUGUUUAGAAAUAACAAUCCAGCCAGUAAAAUACAUGAUGUGAAAGAUUAUAUCACAGAUGUUAACAGCUGGCUGGUGACAUUUGGCUUCCAUCUGCACAAUGCCAUACCUGGUUUCCCUGUUCCGAAAUUUGAUUUAACAGAGCCUUCGUAUGAACUUGUGAAGAGUCAGCAAUGGGACGAUAUACCACCAAUUUCUGGAGUGCAACAACAAGUGGCAAGGCAUGCGAAGGCUUUCCUGUCCCUGGGAAAGAUGGCAGAAGUGCAAAUCAGUAGACCCAAAUCCAGUGGAGAGAAGUCAUGGCUGUGGUUUGCGACAGUGAAGUCUCUGAUUGGAAAAGGGGUUAUGCUUGCUGUCAGUCAAGGGAAAGUGCUGACUAAUGUGCUCAACAUUGCAAAUGAGGACUGCAUAAAAGUGGCAGCUGUUCUGAACAAUGCCUACUACCUGGAGAACUUGCAUUUCACCAUUGAGGGGAAGGACACUCACUAUUUCAUCAAGACCACUUCCCCGGAGAGUGAUCUCGGCACUUUGAGGCUGACAAGUGGGCGCAAAGCCCUGGAAAAUGGCAUCAACGUAACCGUUUCCCAGUCCACCACAGUGGUUAAUGGCAGGACUCGUAGGUUUGCCGAUGUCGAAAUGCAGUAUGGUGCGUUAGCUCUUCACGUCCGCUACGGCAUGACGCUCGAUGAGGAGAAGGCACGAAUAUUGGAGCAGGCUAGGCAAAGAGCUCUAUCCAAUGCCUGGGCUAGGGAACAACAAAGAGUAAGAGAUGGAGAGGAAGGUGCCAGGUUAUGGACCGAAGGGGAAAAGAGGCAGCUGCUAAGUGCUGGAAAGGUACAAGGAUAUGAUGGGUACUAUGUACUCUCUGUGGAGCAAUACCCUGAAUUAGCAGACAGUGCUAACAAUAUACAGUUCCUUAGACAAAGUGAGAUAGGAAAGAGGUAACACACUGGCUUAGCUGAGGCUGCCAAAGAGACUGACUGUGUAUCAGUGUCUUCUGAAAGGGAGACGAAACUGUUUUGCUGCAUUACUACUUGAGCCUAAACUUAUACCUUUGCUCAGAUUUUGCUGUAGCACAAUCUGAAUAGACUCUAUAAAGAAGAGAGAGCCUUCCAGAAGAAUGAUACUGCUAAAAACAAAACUUUUUUUCUGAAUGACCUUAAAGGUGAUCUGCUUUAAAGAAUAUGUUUACAUAUGCAUAUCGCUGCACUCAAGUUGGACUGAAAGUAUUAAAAAAAGGCCUAAAAAUUUUGCAACAGGCUGUCUGUUCCUUUGAACACUGUACUUAACUACAAUACAGAUCCAUACAGUGUUUCCAAAUAUUACCGAAUUGUUGACCUUUUGCUUACAAGAAGUAAUCUCUCUUUCCUUCUCUCUCUCUUUCUCUCUCUCUCUCUCUCUGCAUAGGAUGUGGUAUAUAGUUCUGUUCAUUUUAAAAUGUGGGGCAGAAAUUAUUGUUUAUGGACAACCCAACUGCUUAAAAUUGUGCUGCUUUCUGAAAGGACAUUGGCACAAUGAUUUAUGCUACCAUGUGAAUUUAAUAAUGGAUUUUACAAUGCUAACAUGGUUUGCCUCGGGGGCAAAAUGGCAAAUAGAAUCCUUGUCACAGAUAAGCAAAGGAAACCCUGAUUUUUUUGGUAAAUUAUGUGAGACAAGUUGUUUAUGGAUUUUUAUAUGAAUUACAAUUUACUGUACAUCAAAUAUUAGUCUCAGAGGAGUUAAUUUAUGUAAAGUGUUUAAAAAAGUUUAUACUUAAAAAUAAAAUGAUAAAAACAUGUGCUGUGUGUGAUUUUUUUAAAAAAGAAUUGCACCUUUGUUAUGUUAUAGCUGUACAGUAUAAAGGAUUAUAUUGUAGAGAUAUAACAAUGUAUGACUAAUGUCCAGAAGUGUUAAUAUUUUUGUAUUAGGUUUAAAACUGUGCAUCUGUCUAUCACUUUGCUGAUAGGAUGGAGCAUUCCCAAGUGGCUAGCUAAUCAGACAACUCCCUUUCCUGUCGCCCAAGCCAGUGCAGCUUCAUCAGUCACUGCUAAAAGGCACAGUAACCAAAUAAGGCUUGUUUAUUAUGAUGGAAGACUUUAAUAGGUUCGGUUUUUCUUGCCUUCUCCAGGCCCCAAUGUAAUAAAUGGACAUUUCUUCAUAAAAAGUGGGGUUUCUGUUGUUUGCUUUUUUUAUGUGGGCUUAGAAGCUACGUUACGCAAUGGAAAGAAUAGUGUCUCAGGUGCUUGGCAAAUGUAUGUAGAAGAUGAUACGAUGUAGUCUCAUCCACUUUAUGUCAACUUUGUCUUCUGUAUAAUACAGCUGUUUUAAAUGUAAACUUUUAAGAAAGAGGAACGCUAGCAAUGAUUAGAUGCUACAGAGUUUCUGUUUAGAAGGGUAAGCCAUUGAGUGGGUUAGUGCCCUGGCCUUGGGCUUCCAAGUCAAACCCUGUUACUCUGAAAACUGAACAGGAACUGGGGGUGAGAUAGGGAUGAAUAUCCUAGUGCCUAGUCAUAUCAGAAAACCACCACACAAUGUGGCAUGCUGUGCUCCCAAUAAAGGUCCAUUGAAUUGGUUGCAGGACAGCACUGAGGUGUGCACACAGUUCCAGGUAGGUGGCUUGCACAGCACCUCUGAUCUGUGUGUCAUUUCUUGGCGCAAGCCAUUCUCAGCUCUUUGAGCACCAAAUUCAGCCACAAAAAAAGUAUUUUUAAGACAAGACAAAAUUGUUUUUUUUUUAUUUUCAUUGAACUAUACAUGGUAUUUCUAUCUAUGUAUGAUAAUGGCAAAACAUAGCAAGUGAACAUGUCUUAAAUAUGAACGGUUCAUGUGGCUGUAAGAAAAAUAGUUUUCUAAUUGAUUUGUAUACUGAGAUUCUAUAGUAUUACCUACUCUAAAUUGCACAGCAGGAUUGUUUGAUAAACAGAUUGGCUGGGAGAGAUUCAAACUAGCUACAGAACUAAUUAUACUUUUAAUGAAUUCUGCUCUUUUAUUAGACUGAAAGCACAGAUUAGUUAAUAUUUUUUAUUCUUGAAGUUCUGAGGACCCUAAAUUUAGAAACUAUGAUAUGUCAGCCCCCAAAGGAGUGGUCUGGUUUAGCAUUUUACAGUUUUAAUCUAUAAUGUAAAGUGUUUGCAGUUCUGUUGGGUGGCUCUGUCACAGCACUCUAUCUAGCAUGCUGCAAGUGCUCUCUGUUGAAAUAGGCUCAUAUUCUUAAUUAUAUCAAAUGUUUCUGUUCUGUUUCAGUAUGAAAAGCUUGUAUAACAUGUCAAAAUUGAAAUAUACCUUCUACCUGACUUAUACUAGUUUCUUCUCCUUUGUUUGGGCACUAGUAAAUAACAAAUUUAUAGUAUCUGUUGGUGAUCAUUCUAGAUAAAGUCAAAUCAAGCCAAUUAGUGGCCUUGUUAGUAAGUAUAAUGAGCCUAUUUCUUGCUAAAAAGACUUGUGAUCUGGAUAUGCUCCUGCAGGAAAUAGUGACCUUGGGGAAUAUGUAAACAAAAGAUCAUUUUUUUAAAGAAAAACUGUAUAAUUAAAAGAAGUAGCUUACAGCAAAGAAAAUGAGAUUCAACGUAUUUUAGGCAAAGCCAGUCAAAAUGCUUUCAUGAUAUUUUGAGAUGUAAAUUUUGUCUGAUUUGUACUGGUCUUUUAAUUUGCCUUCUGAACUUUAUAUGUGUCCUGAAUUUUCCACAAAUUGAUGACUCUAGAUUGCAUUUAGGCUUUCCAAUAAAAGCCAACCCAACGUG